AUGGCGUUCCUUUUGGUUCUUGGCAUCUUUGUUGCUGUUGCAUCGGCACUCUCAGUGUCGAGACAGAUUCAGUUAGGGGAUCAUGAAUACUUUGUCCCUCCUACAGCGUCCUGGAAACUUGAAUCAUGGGACUACAAGAAUGGAACGGAGGAGUUUGUUCCCCUGACUGUUGUUCAUUUGAACGACACGGUCAAUGCAGCCAGCGUUGCCUCGGUGUUGGUCGAAUAUGAGAAAGACGACGUGUGGACAGCAUCUUUUGCCGAGGAAACGACAAACGAUUGGGUCAAGGAUCUGCCCCCUGACUAUAAUACGUCGGCAGUAUUUUACUCAGAGGCUCCUCCUGGACCGUACUUUAUUCACGCGACUACUGGAAACGUGUAUCAGGCGUAUCGACUUUAUGCAGAUACAAACCAGGCUUUCAUUCAGGCUUCCUAUCAAGACCCAUCAGGAACCCAUCAUCCUCUCCGCGCUGCUAGCUUCUCAGCUGGAGGGCUUACCAUUGCCGUCCCUUCUCGACUGUACUAUACCCUGACACCCGAGAAACCCCUUGCCGGAGUGAGAAUAUCUGUCAAAGAUCUCUACGAUCUCAAGGGCCUCAAAACAAGCGGUGGCAACCGAGCACUAUACGAAAUCAGCGAUGUCAAAAAUGAGACAGCCUUUGCGGUUCAAAGACUUAUCGACGCUGGCGCAGUUGUCAUUGGUAAAAACAAGAUGUCCGAGUUUGCAUUUGCAGGCAUGUAUGUGACCGAACACAUCGACUACCUUUUACCGUUCAAUCCCCGUGGCGAUGGGUACAACUCGCCGAGUGACAGCUCUGGAGGUUCAGCUGCAGCUAUAGCUUCUUAUGAUUGGCUUGAUGCUACCAUGGGGAGCGAUACAGGUGGAAGUAUCAGAGGACCAGCUGCGGUCAAUGGUGUUCACGGGAAUCGACCAACCUACGGGGCUGUGGACCUUACUGGAGCGCUUCCUCUGUCAACAGCAAUGGAUACCUCUGGAAUCCUUGCUCGAGAUCCUCUUCUAUGGUCCAAGAUCAACCGAGUUCUCUACUCCGAAACAAAAGGAUACCGCAAGUACCCAAAGACGAUAUAUCUUGAUCCAGAAAGCAAGGCGACGAUAUCCAACUUGCAAGAUUACUUUGUGGAGGUUUCAGAGGCUGCCCAAAACUUCCUCGACGCCUUGACAAAGCUCUUGUCAGCUGAAGUCAAAACUUUCUCCCUCGACAAAGCAUGGGACAAGUCAGGGCCUGACCCGGAUGACUCCCUUUCAGACAUUACAGGAUUCGUCUACCGAAACCUGACUCGAUACGAGCAAUGGAACAAGUUUGGAAAGGACUACGUGAAGAAAUACAAGGCUUCUCACAAUGGAGAAUUUCCUCACAUGGUUCCUCACAUUCGCAGCGGCUGGUUGAUGGCGAACAAGACAAUGACAGAGGAGACACAUCGUCAGGAUCUCGAGUCUAAGAAGAUGGUUGAAGACUGGGCCGCAAAGCAUUUCUUGUCUCCUGACAAAGAGACAUGCUCAAACGCUGUUUACGUCUACUUUUGGGCCCCAUUGGCAAACUACAAGCCAGAUGUCUCCAAAGACACUUCCAAUCCUUACAUUUCGCAUUUGGCGGACAUAAUCUCGAACCAACAAGCAGCGAUUCUCGAGUUGAACAAGACCAUCAACUGCAAUAUUACGCUUGGAACCCCUGAAGCUUGCAAGCUUUCUUUGGAAGCCCUUGGAGACAACAACGACGACUCUGACGACUCUGACGACUCCGUUUCUCCCGGUCGUCUUGCAUCUCUUGCCGGUCUUCCCGAUUACGCCAUUACCCUUGGAAGCUUUGACUUGGGAGGGGUAAACUUUUCCAACUCGACCCUUAAGAACCAGAGUUUGCCACUGGCAGUUGACAUUAUGGCCACCAAGGGAUGUGAUUUUGUAAUUCUGGAUAUCGUUGAGGCAUUGUACAAAGAGGGGGCUAUCAGAACGGUCAAAACUGGAACAAUUGUGUAG